AUGAUGCCAUCGCCUAACGGUGAGAACUUGAGCAUCUCGCUUAAUAGUUCUCGCUUUUCAUCCAAGGGUUUUGUUCCAUCGAAUUCAUCGACACUAGUUGGAAGACACUCUUCGAGACUCACUGGUCACUGCCUCCUCCCUGAAUUCUCGCUAGAAAGUGGAUCGGACAGCAAGGAUCUCUAUGAAUUCCUUCGUGAAGCCCAACUUGAGCAUUACUUUUCAAUAUUUAGCCAGCAACUAAGGGUGGGCAUCACAUUAUCUUGA